UAAACUGUUUAUCAUUGCAUCAUGUAUGUAAUACCUUUUACUUUAAUUCUUGCAGGACAUGCAACUUUUAUUGGAAAGGAGACAGGAAAGGUGUUGUCCUUUGAUUUAAGAAGUAAGACUUGUAAGGUUUGUGAAUUCCAUCUUAAUAGAAAAGAGACUGUUCCAGAGCAUGAGUGUCAGUUGAAUUGGCAUGGCUCUAGUAAAUCCAUGGAGGCAGAUAUGGCGGUGUCUAUGGCCCACAGAUUAAAAGAUGAUGAAUGUGAAAUUAAUGUCAUACAUGCUGAUAAUGAUGCAGCAACAUCAGCCAGACUUGAAGUUGAGUUUGAAAAUAUAAAGAAAAAAGAUGACCAGAACCAUGUAAAGAAGGGUAUAUCAACAAGCUUAUAUAAUAUUUCAAAGAGUUACAAAGAAUUGCAAAAGGAUGAAACAAAACAAUAUAUUUUGAGGUGCUUUAUGUAUUCCAUUAAGGGAGGUGACAAUGAAGAUGACAUUAAGAUUGGGCUGCAAAGAAUUGUACCACAUAUUUUUGGAUCACAUGAAAAUUGUAAAGAUGCUGACUGGUGUAGCUAUCAUCAAGAUCCAGAAAAAUUUACGUAUAAAAGUUUACCAAAUGGGAAACCGCUCAAGUCUGAAGGAUUAAAGGUUGAAUUGAAUAAUUUAGUGCAAAAAAUGAUUGGUAGGAGUAAUUCUUUAAAUGACCUUGGAUCUACACAGUCAAAUGAAAGCUUUAACCAGCUUGUAUCUGUAAAGGCACCUAAAUCAAGACAUUAUGGUGGAUCAUGCUCACUUCAGAAUAGGUUAUCUGCAGCUGUGCUUCAGAAAAAUGAAGGAUAUGGCUACUUAUCCAAGAUCAAUGAAGCAGCAAACCUCUCUCCAGGAGAAUUUACAAUGGCAAUUUCCUCUGUAAGAGAUAAAAAAAUGGAAAAAAGAAAAGAAAAAAAGAAUUCAAAGGAAUAUAAAGUUGGCCGUAUACAAAAGAAAAGAAACCAAGAAACCGCAAUAAGAACGAGUGUAAACAUCUGA